AUGUCGAGUCCAGUCCUUUCAUUUGAGGCCAAGCCUUAUGCUUUCACUUUCCCACUUGAGCAUACUGCUCUACUCAUCAUCGACAUGCAAAGAGACUUCCUCCUUGCUAAGGGCUUCGGCGAGAUACAAGGUGGUAAUCUGGAGGCUGUGCAAGCUUCGAUAGCCCCUACGAAAAAGCUGCUCGAAGCAUGCCGAGCUGGAGGUCUUACAAUUGUUCAUACGCGCGAAGGGCACAACCCAGACUUAGCAGACUGCCCGUCCGCAAAGCUUGUCAGGCAGUCUGCUGCACCAAACAAUACUCAACACAAUUUAGUUAUUGGCGACAAAGGAGAACUUGGUCGACUACUGACGCGAGGGGAGUAUGGUCAUGAUAUUGUCGACGAAUUGCAGCCUCUGCCUGGCGAGGUCGUUAUUGACAAGCCCGGCAAAGGCUCUUUUUGGAACACGAACAUAUUGCAUGAUCUAAAGGCAAGAUCUAUUACACAUCUGAUCGUCUCGGGGGUUACGACUGAAUGUUGCUUUGCGACCACGAUCCGUGAAGCAAAUGAUCGAGGCUUCGAAUGCUGCGGCAUUGAGGAGGCGACGAGCGGUUACAACGAUGCAUGCUUCAAGCAGUCGACUCUAGAUAUGAUACAUUGGUCGCAAGGUCUUUUCGGGUUUAUUGGCAACUUGCAACCCCUUUUAGACGUUCUGGCGCCUCUCUCCACUCCGAGUGUUGCAGCCGGCUCGACACCACCACGAACUCCACCUACCUUCAACGGUGACCUGACCAUUACUAGCCUUCAACAGGCAUACAAGAAUGGAAUGUCUCCAGUUUCGCUAAUUGAGGCUAUCUAUGACAAAAUCGAAGCAUACAAGGCUAUCGAUCCCGCUGUAUGGAUACAUCUCGUGCCCAGGGCACAGGCGCUCGAGGCAGCAAACAAGAUCGCUGCUCGAUUCCCCAAUCGGAACGCCCUUCCACCACUCUUUGGAAUACCUUUUAGCGUCAAAGAUAGCAUAGAUGUACAGGGAAUUCCAACUACCACCGGCUGCGAGAUUCUCUCACAUGUACCUGCUGUCUCAGCAGUAGUAUAUAAAAAGCUUAUUGCUGAGGGUGCUCUUUUUAUUGGCAAGGUGAAUUUGGACCAGUUAGCUACAGGUCUAGUAGGAUGUCGGAGUCCCUUUGGUAUUCCGCAUUCGGUAUAUCACAAGGACUACAUCAGCGGUGGUUCCAGCAGCGGGAGCGCAGUAUCCGUCGGAGCAAACCUUGUCUCGUUCAGUCUCGCCACCGACACAGCAGGUUCGGGCAGAGUACCAGCUGGCUUCAACGGCAUUGUAGGAUUCAAGCCCACACGAGGCACAAUCUCUUUCCGUGGUAUAACACCAGCAUGUCUCUCCCUAGACUGUAUAGCAAUCAGCGCCAAAACCAUCACAGACGCACGAACUGUUUGGCACACCCUCGAAGGCCACGACCCGCUCGACCCCUACGCCAAACCUACACUCAGCUUCGAACGACACAUCAACAGCAUCGGCCCGCAAUCCCAAACAUUCAAAUUCGGCAUCCCACCCCCCUCCGCCCUCGCAAUCUGCUCCCGCCCCACGCGCAGAAUGUUCAACGAAACAGUCGAACAGCUCCAGAAGAUCGGCGGCAUCUUAAAACCCAUCGACUGGACGCCCUUCCAAAAAGCCGGCGAGCUUUUGUACGACGGCACGUUUGUGUCUGAACGCCUUGCAUCGCUCCCAGACGAUUUUCUCGAGAAGAACCGCUCAGCUCUGCAUCCUGUGAUUGCGCAACUCAUGGGACGCUGUCGUCGCGCGGAAAAGUACGGCUGUAGACGCGUACCGCGACUUGCAAGCCAAAGCACUCUACACGCGUCAAGCAGAGCAAGUCUUUGCAUACGCCGGUUCGGGCGUUGA